AUGAGUACAGGCCGACCAGGAGGAGAGGAAGGAGGACAUCCAGGACAAACCGCUUUUAGGAGAUGUCCCGUGCUCGUCAUUUCCUCUCCUGAAGGCUGUGGCGUUGAUGGACAGACCAGUACAUGCUUGAUUUCCUCAUCACUGGUGCACCGGCAUGCACAGCACCCCUCAGCUCCUAUCGCUAUAGAGAGCACCGAGGCUGGAGCACAGCCAUCUCGCAAAAAGGAGGACCCAUCGGAAACGCAGAGAAAAGACAGCGCGAGAAAGACAAUAGGGAAGGAGGACGGAGAAGGAGAGGAGCGAAUAGGAGUGCGGGGACUGGCACGAGGACGGACAGACCUACGAGCUUUGUGA